CCUACCCAGCUGGUUUUGAGCUAGCAGCUGCAGAGCAAAAUACAAAUUCGCUGCAGUGCUUAACGCCAGAUUUUUGCAGUAAAUUAAACAUAUUUCUAGUGAUGGCGACGCCCAGAGACAUCAGCCCACUUCUGCAAAAACUCAGGGCCUUUCUCCUUGGCAGAAACCACACGAACGCGUUGAGAUUUGCGGACUACAUCGCAGCCAGGACCCAGCCUGCUCCAAAUUUACCUGAAGGCCCAGCGCACAAACUCUCUGCAAAUUAUUAUUAUACAAGAGACGCUCGGAGGGAGAUCCAACCUCCACAGGUCGUGGCAUCUGGACAGAAGGCAAUUGCAUCUGGUUCUGCUGUUGCAUCAAAAGGUUUAGUAACUCCUGGCAACCAGUGGCGUUGGGAUUGAGCACCAGUUAUGAAUGCUUCGUAAUUUAGUUGAAUGUAAAUAAUAAAUACUGUCUCUAUGUAAAAGUUCAA